GGGGGGGCCGGAUCGGGCCCCACCCAAGAGUGCACAGAGCUGCAGGAAAGUUUAACGUGUAGAACAACUUCAGAAGAGCAGUUGACCUGGACUCAUUACCCGUCCUGUGCACCACAUCUGUUUGUCCGUGACACCAUGCGCUAUAUACAGAAAUAUUUUCUUCUUCUUACAAAUAUUCUUCAAGUUCUGAACUUUCCUGGAGCUACCACAGAAAUCAUAUUCCACAUCCAGGAGGAACAAGAAGAAGAUACUUUGAUUGGAAAUUUAAACAGUGGUCUCUUGUCACCUACACCCCUGCAGUACAAGCUUUUAACCCAUACAAACUAUUUCCAUCUCGAUGCCCAAAGUGGGAAUUUAUAUACGACAGCAAAUAAGCUUGACAGAGAGUCGUUGUGCCCAUUAGAUACCAUGGACCAAUGUACAAUGAUGCUGGAUGUCUUCAUUUUAUCUCAAGAACAUUCAGAAUUUACCAAAGUAAAACUUUUUAUCCUGGAUAUUAAUGACAACCCACCUUAUUUUACAGAGCCGACCUACAUUAUCUCCAUUCCAGAAGACACAGCCAUUGGAACCAGAUUUGUCAUUGACCACUUGGCCAAGGAUGUGGAUAUAGAGUACAAUGCAGAGCUGUCCUACCAACUCAUCUGUCCAGAAAACAUCUUCACUCUAGAUCAACAUGUGGAUUUCUUAUCAUUAGUGGUUCUCAGACCUCUGGAUCGUGAAUUACAGAGUGAACAUAGGAUGAGUUUAAUUGCCUAUGAUAAUGGAUUUCCACGAUUGUCUGGCAGUACAACACUCGUUGUACAAAUUGUGGACAUAAAUGAUAAUUGCCCUAUCUUCCUUGAAAACAAUGUCUCUGUUAAUCUUCCCAGGAAUGUGUCUGUGGGUGACAAAGUGGUACAACUUCAAGCGGUAGAUGCAGAUGAUAGUGAGAAUAGUGUGAUUGAGUACUUUUACAGCACUCGAGUUCCAGAAUCAAUCAAAAAUGUUUUUAAUCUAGACAGUUCAUCUGGUUUAAUGACCCUAUCAUUGCCUUUACAAGAAGAGAUAACCCAAUAUAAGUUGUCAGUGCUAGCCAUUGGACAUGGCUGCUUUCCAGCAGUGGCUUCAGUCACUAUAAAUCUAGAAAAAAUUAGAAAGAAGCCAAAGAUAGAACUUCGUUUCAUAGCAUCCCAAAACGAAGGGGGCAUCUCCAUCCGUGAAGAUGUCCCGCCAGGAACAAUCAUUGCCAUCUUGGACGUUGCAGAUCCAGAUGCUAUUAUCAGUCAUCCUCUUUUCAUAAAUGGGUCCUCUCCUUUCCUCUUAAGGCCUUCAGAUUCUGGGACAUUCCUGCUAUUAACGUCCAGUCUGUUGGACUUUGAGUCAAAACAGCAAUAUGACAUUACAAUAAUUGGAAAUUCCACCAUUGAUGAAUCAUUUGCUUGUACAGAAGCUCUUAAGAUACAGAUUGAAGAUGUAAAUGAUAAUAACCCUAAAUUCUCAAACUCCCUUGAAGAAAUUUUCAUUGAAGAAAACAAUGUUCCCGGUGAUAAGUUACUAACGCUUUCUGCUUCUGAUGAAGAUAGCGGAUCCAAUGGAGAAAUAAGUUACUACCUGCUCGAUGGGGAUCCUAAUGUGUUUUCCAUUGACAGUUUGAGUGGGGAUCUCAAAGUAUCCAUAUCUUUGGACAGAGAAAAGAAAUCUUCCUAUACCAUAAAAGUUUUAGCAAUGGACCAUGGUUCACCAUCGAAGAACGAUUCAUGUGUAAUCAUUAUCAAGAUCCUCGAUCAAAAUGACAACCCACCAACUUUUGCUUCAAGUGAGUUUACGUUCUUUGUCCCUGAAGAUCUUCCUCAUCAAGGAGAGGUUGGCUAUAUAAAUGUAACAGAUAUAGAUACUGGGUUGAAUGGCGAUUUUUCUGUGCACCUUAUAAACACCACUUUAUUGUUUUCCAUUGGUCAAGAUAAAAUACUAAGGUCUGAGGGUUCCUUUGACUAUGAAAAAGAAUUAAUGUAUGAACUUUGGGUGGAAGCAACAGAUGAAGGAAGCCCAUCAUUGACCUCAAGAGCCAAAGUUCUCAUCUUUAUACUAGAUGUGAAUGACAAUGCUCCUUUGAUAGUGCUUCCAGAGUCAAACUUUUCAUAUGUUUUGGUUCCACCUGAUACUUCAGAGGGUUCUUCUGUGACCAAAGUCCACGCAGUUGAUUAUGAUGCAGGCUUGAAUGCAGUUAUAACGUAUUCUGAGUAUGGAGAGAUUGGUCCUACUGCCAAUCUCUUUAAGGUUGAUACCAACACGGGUAACAUCAUAUUAAAAGAAAGUACUAGUAGUCAUCAUUGUGGAUUAUAUCAACUCUUAGUAAAAGCCAGUGACCAAGGCUAUCCAGAAGCUCUUUCAACUAUUGUAUGGGUCAACAUUCUUCUUAAUCAAAGCAUAAGCAACAGGAGCUAUGUGGAGUCCUUAAUAAUGACGAGCAAGACGAGUAUGACUCAGGAAAACCAGGUGAUUACUCUGGGACCGUGCCCAAAAUACCAAUCGACCACGGCUCCUUUCACCUGGUCAUUGACGGCACCAGUUGCCCUUGCCGUAGUGUCAGUCUCCGUCAUAUGCUGCAUGGCUGGCACCUUUUUAUUUCUAUGUUCCAGAAGAAGAAACUCAAAAAAGAAGAAAGAAAAAAAGAAAAAUGCAGAAGUACAAAUUCCUCUGCAGUUAAAUGUUGAUUAUUGCGCAAAAGACUGGGAUGAAGUGAAAUACUGUGAACCUCCAGAAAGUCCCUCACCCCAUUAACGCCC